AUGGGAGGCGCCGUUCUCUCUGCUACUGAAAGCAAUUUGCACGCAUCUGACAUCAGGACAUUAGACACUGAGUCUUUUAGCAAAAGAAUCAUUUCAGGUGGAUUCGACGGACAGUUAUACAUCACAGCGCUUGAGAGGAGUGGUCAGUCGAGUGGGCAUGUUCUGUCCAAAUAUAAUAGUAGUGCAAUGGACUCGGCAAAUAUAUCAACUGGCACAAUUCUGCGACAACGACGUUUUCCAUCCGUAAUUUCAAGUGUGUCCUUGUUCUCCGGUGGGCAAACGGGAGCAGUUACGACCGACAAUGGCUCAGUCAUGCUAAUUGACACACGCAGCCCCCGACUGAUAGCAUUUCAGUACGACGAAAAAGUGACAACUUUCGGUGAACGGAAGGCACCGCUUUACACGCACGUGUUUUCGUCUGACGCUCAGGCAUAUCUUGGCUACGACGGCGGAGAAAUUCGGAUACUCGAUACACGGGUAGGAGAUAUAGUAGGCAGAAGGAAAGAUUCAGUAUUGAAAGCGAUUGGUGAUCUCAGCUUGAGUGCGAAUGGUAGCCUGUGCGCAACCGGCUAUGGAGGAGUAUCUUUUUCGAACGCGAGUGCAAGCAAUCUAGACUGGGAAAGACAAAGCUCGCACUGUCAUGUAUCGACCGACGCGAUGGGCGGACUGGAGACCACUAGUGGUGCUUGGCUCGAGCUGGAAAAUGGAAAAUCACAAUUUUUCGUGGCCGACGACUGUGGUCACCUGUCAGUCUUCAACGAUCCCUACGAGCAAAUAGUGUCACCGGAUCGCCAUUAUUAG